AUGGAGGACCAACUGCAUGCUACGCCAUCGUCGACGGUACCCCUUUUUGAAGUUGCCGAGCUACAUCCGGCACCGUCGAGUUUAAUCAUCGAGGGAGGGGAUUAUCCUCAGGUACAAAGCUUUGCGGAUGUUAGGAACAUAUUGUUUGUGGAGUCUUCUAAGAUAUGGUCUAUUGCAACUCCUAUUGCGUUCAAUAUUUGGUGCAAUUAUGGGAUCAACUCCUUCACCAACAUUUUCGCGGGUCAUAUCGGCGAUAUCGAGUUAUCGGCUGUCGCCAUUGCUUUGUCGGUCGUCGCGAAUUUUUCAUUUGGUUUCUUGUUAGGAAUGGCGAGUGCACUCGAGACCCUAUGUGGGCAAGCAUUCGGUGCUGGACAAAUAGAUUUACUCGGCAUAUACAUGCAACGAUCCUGGAUAAUCUUAUUCGCCGCCUGUUUCGCCUUGUUGCCUCUCUACUUAUACGCCACCCCACUACUAAAACUCCUCGGUCAAGAACCCGGCAUUGCCGACCUCGCCGGAGAAUUCACCUUGCAAGUCAUGCCCCAAAUGUUCUCAUUAGCCAUCAAUUUCCCCACCCAAAAGUUCUUACAAGCACAAAGCAAAGUCGGGGUCUUAGCCUGGAUAGGCUUCGCCGCCUUCGUCGGACACAUCCUAAUCAUUUUCCUCUUUGUUAACGUCUUCAAAUGGGGUACCACCGGUGCUGCGGUGGCUUAUGAUAUAUCAGCUUGGUUGGUUGCUUUGGCUCAGCUUAUAUAUGUGGUGGGUUGGUGUAAGGAUGGCUGGUCCGGGUUGUCGUGGUUAGCUUUUAAGGAUCUUUGGAGUUUUGCUAAGCUUUCUAUAGCUUCGGCGGUGAUGCUUUGUUUAGAGAUUUGGUACUUCAUGAUGAUAAUUGUUCUUACUGGUCACCUUGAAGAUCCAGUCAUUGCAGUUGGGUCCCUUUCAAUAUGCAUGAACAUCAAUGGCUGGGAAGGCAUGCUAUUUAUCGGACUAAAUGCAGCUAUAAGUGUAAGAGUGUCUAAUGAGCUUGGAUCAGGCCAUCCAAGGGCAGCCAAAUAUUCAGUGAUAGUCAUUGUUGUGCAAUCUCUUCUGAUAGGGUUACUUUCAGCACUUGUAAUCAUGGCUACGAGGAACAAAUUUGCUAUCAUAUUUACAGAUAGCGUAGAGAUGCAAAAAGGGGUGGCUAGUUUGGCUCAUCUUCUUGGCAUAACCAUGGUGCUAAAUAGUGUGCAGCCAGUUAUAUCAGGUGUUGCUGUGGGAGGAGGUUGGCAAGCCUUGGUAGCUUAUAUAAACUUGUUCUGCUAUUACAUUGUUGGCCUCCCACUUGGAUUUUUUCUCGGUUAUCACAUUCAUUUUGGGGUCGAGGGAAUUUGGGUUGGCAUGAUUUGUGGGACAUUCUUGCAAACAUUGAUCCUCUUGUACAUUAUCUAUCAAACUAAUUGGAACACAGAGGUUGAACAAGCAUCUGAACGAAUGCAGCAAUGGGGAACUGAACUGCAAGUCUCCGAAAACAAAGGAUAUAACUUUUCCCACUAAAUAUUUAAGAUUGCCAACUUUUACAAACGAACGACAUUUCGUAAACUUUUGUUGAAAUCCCUCGAC